UUUCCUUCGCCCACGGUUCUGUGCCCAAAGAACACUUCGCCUCGCCCUCCAAACACCAGACGAGUACAACAACGCUUGAUCGCUUGUAGUUGUGUGAGAUCAUGGGCGCCUUGGAUCACCUCUCUGAUUUGUGCAGCAUGACGGAGACAAAGGAAUCCCUCAAGCUCAGGAAGAAGCGGCCACAGCAGACGGUGAACAUCAAGGUGAAGAUGGAUUGCGAGGGCUGCGAGAGGAGAGUCAAGAACGCCGUCAAAUCGAUUCGGGGUGUGACGAGCGUGGCCGUGAACCCCAAGAUGAGCAAGGUGACGGUGACGGGGCACGUGGAGCCGCGCAAGGUGCUGGAGCGGGUGAAGAGCACCGGGAAGGCGGCGGAGAUGUGGCCGUACGUCCCCUACACGCUCGCCACCUACCCCUACGUCGGCGGUGCCUACGACAAGAAGGCACCGGCGGGCUUCGUCCGCAGCGCACCGCAGGCCAUGGCCGACCCCGCGGCGCCUGAGAUCCACUACAUGAACAUGUUCAACGACGAGGACGUCAACGCCUGCACCGUCAUGUGAUCUGAUGAUCUUAAUCACCGCCUCUUUCUACUCUAGCCAACCGGCCGCCGAACGAAAAUACAUGCUUGAUAUGUCUUCAUACAUCACAAAGACUGUGUGUCUGUGUCUAUGUACAUAUACGUUUUCUAGCUCGGGAGAAAGCGAUACCAAGAAGACGAGCUUGUGUGCGAACAGCGAAUAUACAAAGAGCGAAAGUCUGAUAUGCAUAGUGAAGCACGCCGUUUUUCGAGUAAAUUACGAGUUAUGUUGUGAUUGAAUGGUUUGGAAGGCAGUGAUAUCUUAACCCAUCA